AUGGCGUUUAGUUUUGGCUUUUCAGGCGAUGACAUAGAAGAGGAUCUGAAUGAUGUGCAGGAGCAGCAGAGUGGGCAGCAGACAGGUGCGGUGGAAAGUAAUGUACCGCCGCCCAUUGCCGCUCGAACUCACGAUUUGGAUGAGAUGCUCUCCACCCUCCCCGACAAAAUCUCCUUCUCAACAGUCUCCUUCACCUCCCCCAAAGGCACCACCGCACACCUCCCCCGCCGCGAACUCUUCGACGUGCGUCUGCAACUCAUGGCCGAAGACGACGGCACAACCGCGUCGCCACUCUCCGGCCUCGAAUCCAGCGACCUGCAGCAAAACAUCUACGAAGGCGGCUACAAGACGUGGGAAUGCAGUCUAGACCUUGUGCGCUUCCUGCUAGACCGAGGCCCACGGAAAGAUCUCGAUGACCUGGUGCGUGUGGGCCACGUGAUUGAAAUGGGAUGUGGAAGUGCGCUUCCCUCGCUACUGCUGUUCCAGUACGCAAUACGAGAGGGGCUCGGAAUUUAUUUUACGUUAACAGACUACAAUGCCGAUGUACUGCGCUGCGUUACGCUGCCGAAUCUACUGUUGGCAUGGGCAGCGACGUUGAGUCGAGAAGAGAGUGCGCGGUUGUUUGCGGAAGACACGCCAAACCCGCUGCUACGAGAUGAAGCGUCGUCUGCGCAUCAGCCUACUGGUGCUGAAGAGGAACACGCGGAUUUGUACAUCACACCGGAGCUGCUUGAGGCGUUCAAGGCUUGUCUGCAGAAGAUCGGUAUUACACUGACGUUUCUCUCGGGGUCAUGGGCUCCGACGUCCGCUUUACUGCCGCUCAUUCCUUCAUCGCCUGAUCUCAACACUUUUAUCCUCGGCUCAGAGACUAUAUACAGUCCUGCGUCGCUGACGGCGUUUGCUGAUGCCAUUAUGGCGCUCAUGGGCCGCGUCAAGAUGGGCAAGACACUCGUGGCGGCCAAGCGGGUGUACUUUGGCGUCGGAGGUAGUGUCGAUGGCUUCAGGGAAGAGUGUAGUCAGCGGGGCUGUGUAGCAAGUGAACUCGAGUUUGAGGGGCUGGGAGAGGGUGGUGUGAGGAGAUGUUUGGUCGAGGUGCAGAUGUAUUAG